AUGUCCUUUUUGCCCCCAGGGCUGCAACUUAUGGACGACUGCGCGCAGUACGCAGUAGAUUGUUAUAUCAAGGCAGUCGCGAAUGAUCUUGGUCGGCCUUGCCCGGUGCCGGUGUCACCUGACACGCUGCCUGACGGCUUUCAGAAGGAACUCCGGGUGUUGGCUUACCGAGUGGCGGAAGCCAUGGCAAACCCCUACAUGCUCCCAUGGGAUGCCCUGACCUAUAGCGAGGCUGUGGGUGGACAAGAUGGGAGGAAUGACGAGUUUGAGGCGUCGUUGAAGGACAGGUUUCAUCCUCUCGAACUGCAAGAGAGCCUCUCCCGCCCCAGCGCAUUCGUCGACACGUCCGGGAAGCUUCAAGGCCUCUACCUCCCCAACGUCAUACUGGAUGAGCGCCAGGAUCAAGUCGCAGACGCCGCGGCCUUGCUGCGUCCAACUAUAAACGCCCACCCCCCGAAAGAGACCGAUCCCACUCUGCGGAAGGCAUGGCGAGACUCACGACUGCUAUUCGCAGUCGAUGAUCGCGAUCUGUGCUUUGGGAGGGGCUCAGCGACUCUUUCGCCGGGAUGGCUCUCUCAAGGACUUGAGGGUCUCACGGAUCCAAUACACGUGUCACGCGACUUGGGCGCCAAGUCAGGUAAACGCCAGAACCAGAGGCAGCAGCUGGCGCAGGCGUGGGUGGGGGAGAGUAUGGAACUGGGGCUGCUGCUGUCAUCUGCGCUGGCGAUCGCUCAUCCCCAGCAAUACCAGGAGACGAAGUUCGCCCUUGCCGCGCUUGCUGCAGACGAUGACCACCGGGAGUAUAUGCGGCAUUGGGCUUUCGCCUUCAACGUCAUCACGGUCAUCGCCAACCGCAUGACGCCUUUGCACCGCGAUCGCGCCAGCGGCGGUCGAGAGCUCUUUGACGCCCUCCUUAGCAUCGGCGGCGGCCGGCGUACAACGUUAUCCCUGCCUGGUAUAGGCGCUCGGCUGCAGUAUGAUUCGGGAACCUUGGUACUCAUGCACGGGUCCGUCCACCCACACGAAGUAUCGCCUUUCGAGAUGGAACGGCUAUGCAUCGCCUGCUACGCAAGACCGGCGGUUCUUCGGCAGUUAGGUCGGCAAAAUCCUGAGGCGCCGACGGCUGAAGGCACUAUGCCGGCGGGAUGGUGGCCAGAGCUGGUGUCCCGACGCCGUCCGGCGUGA